AUGAAAGGAUGGAUGCUGGCAGCAGCUUGGAGGUCUGCUUUCAAAUCUGGGCUCGUCCCAGUAGGGGGAAAGGCGAGAGCUCCGGGACAGGGUGAGAACAGCCGACGGGGAACCUUCCGGGGCCCUGAAGACGGUCGGAAGCGCGGGGAAGCAGGCAGGAGUUUGGGAGCGCGAACUAACUUGGCGCGGAGGGAGGCGCCGCACGCUGCAGCCGUUCAGCGUCUGCGGGGCUCCGCGCGGCCGCCCCUGAGCGCCGCGGCCGGGACCCCGCGCCGCGCCCCGCCCCGGCCCCGGCGGCUCCUCCACUGGGAUUUCUCUCCGAGGCGCCAGGGCCAGCCCAACCCCCGAGCACCGCCUUGUCGCGUCCUUCUCUCGGUGAUCGGCUCCGGGUACCCCGGCUCGGCCCCGCACGCCCCGAGCGCAGCCCCCGGAAGUGCGCGCCGGCGGCCCCGGCGAAGAAGCACUCAGCCUGUGGGCAGGAAAGCAGAGCCUGAGAAGCCAACUGGGGCCAACCAAGAUUCAGAACCUCUACUGCCUGAUACCAACGUCAUCAGGGAUGAACUUUUCUUACCAGAUACUUCUCUGCUCCUGACACACAUCUCCCCAGAAGAGAAGAGAGGGAGGGGCCACUGUGAUCCUGCUGAAGCCUUCUCCAGGCAGCCUCCUCUGGAUGCUGUGGCGGGGCUGACAUUCCACGGCAGCGCGGAGCCGGUGAUCGCGGAGCACGGGGACAUGGCUUUGCUCAGCAACAUCCUGGCGGCCUAUUCCUUUGUCUCAGAAAAUCCCGAGCGAGCAGCUCUGUACUUCGUCUCAGGCGUGUGCAUCGGGCUGGUCCUCACCCUGGCUGCCUUGGUGGUGAGGAUCUCCUGCCGCACAGACUGCCGGCGGCGUCCCCGGAAGAAAUUCCUGCACGAGCAAGAGAGCAGCAGCAGUGACAGCAGCGACAGUGAGGAUGGCAGCUCGGACACGGCAUCGGACAUCUCUGUCAGGAGACACCGCCGCUUCGAGAGGACUUUGAACAAGAACGUCUUCACCUCGGCGGAGGAGCUGGAGCGAGCCCAGCGGCUGGAGGAGCGCGAGCGCAUCAUCAGAGAGAUCUGGAUGAACGGCCAGCCCGAGGUUCCAGGGACCAGGAGCCUGAACCGCUACUACUAGGGGCAGGAGCAGGAACCCGCACACCCCUGGAAGCCGCCUGCAAGGGAAAGUGUCUGCAGGGAAGGUGGGCACAAAGGGCUGAAGGCAGUUGUGCUACUGUUCCGGAGGCAGAGAUAAAGCAGGACACGCCCAUUUUCUAGCCAGGAGGACUGAUAUCUCCUUUUUAACUAAAUUUAUGGAGAAGUAGAAAAACCAAGUCGAUUCAUCAACCUUUCUAGGUCUCGGAAUGGUGCUGAAAACCCUUCUCCAACAAGGUGCAUGGAGAUUAGAGAAACGGGACUUUGGUUUCUCUUGAUUUCUGAGGAUCUCAGAAAUUUCUGCAGACUUGCUUGCUAUGUGUUAUUCUUUUACAAAAGGAAAGAUUAUCGUAGCAUGCGGGCCAGGAAUAGCAGCGUGAGCUUAACCCAGUAAAUGCAAUUUCCUAAGUGACUCUGUGCUGUGGAGGUGAUUCUGAUCCAGACAGCAUGAUCCAUACUUAACUAUUUAAGGCUGAUUUUUUAAAUCUCAUAUUGUAAUGGCAACCUCGUCCAUUUUAACUGGCACCUCAGGGAUCAAAAUCCUAUUUUUUAGUAUAGUUCCCACCUCAUUCAUGAAAAUGAAUCCAAUUAUUGUAUUAUGGGAGAUGUGUCAGUGAACUAAAAAAAUGUCAAUAACCUCAAAGGAUGAAGGGUUUUAUUUUAAAUAGUUUAUAAAAUAUAUAUUAACAUGCAUAUUUGAAAAUGCUGCAUAAGAAUAAAAGCUGUGGGUCCCCCAUCCCUUUUUUCUGGAGAGAGCAAAGUUUUGUUGUGACUUGAGAUAAUCAUGAUUUUAAACAUUUUGUGAAAAAAAAAGUUUGGACUUCCAAGAAAAGAAUGGGAAUGAGAGGUGAGGAGUAAAAACAAAAUUAAGAUGGGAUAAAAAAUAAAUGUUACAAAAAAUC